AUGGCGCCUUCAGCAGGGCAUCUACUGCUCCCCAAAGUUUGGAGAGCAGCAAGGUUUGCCUAUGAAAAGGCUUCAAAGGCUUUACGUUCCAAAUUACCAGAGCCUACUAAGUACAAUCCAGUUCAAUACCAACCAGUCUAUGCUCGUAUCAACCCUCGGCAGCCAAUCAGUCGAGCUGCCGCCAUACGUCAAGCCCGCAGUCGCCACUUCUCGACUCAUGCCGCCCGCGCUUUCUCUUCUGCGAUUCGAUCGGGACUUGGAAUUGAUACCACUACCCGAAAUACCUCUCGUAUCAUUUCAAGCAUCAGUCGACUGAACAGCCGUGCGCCGUUCGCUUCUACACUCCGGCCCAAUCUGACCGGAGGCACUCUUGGCAGAACCGCAGGAGGAUACGCUGCUGGAGCUGGGCGUUUUGGUGGAGCUCGAUACUUCUCACACGGUCCUGCAGCACCGGCUCAAGUUAUCCAUAAUGUCUCUCAGGGUGUCCGCGCGUUCUUUUUGUCUGGGCAGAAAGUCCGGUUCGAUGGCGUGAACCCCCGCACUGGGGAGAAGCGGUACAAGGCCAUCAGCGCGCUGCAGCACCAGGCGGAGCAGAAGAUGAAUGCCAAGCCACUCAGUGCACCGGGAUCACACAUUGACUUUCAUAUUUCCCCGACCAUCACUGCACUCAGUUCAGCCGGUGUUCUCGGCAAGCAGGACGGCGCGCCAUGCAAGACCCUGAACUCGGAGGGUCUCAUGGAUCUACUUUCCGCUGACUUUGCUCGUGCGCUCAAGGAUUUCUCUGCUGUCAUGAAUGACCUCAAGCGGCUCUCAUCACUUGGAGAUCUUCCGAUCUUCCUUCAUGACCGAUCGACCAUACGGGUGCGCUUCCCAGGCUGUGAUGCGGAGACCGUCGAGCAGCUAUGCUCUGAAGUCGGGGUUCAGCGAGGCCGAAUUGUACAAGAUGAGGAUUUCGAGCUGCGUACUGGCGCUGAUCUAGCUCUAUUGUUCCCUUUCGCGCCCAGCACUGCUCCUCCAUCCGACACCGACUAUUAUUUCGAAAAAGCUCCAUUGCGUUCUCGAGUGUCUCUCGAUUGGCAAGGGAUGAUGUCACCAGCCAGUCCGAACUCGGGCAAUGCGAUCAGUUUUGAGGACAGCGAGCUCUUCGGUGCCAAUCCGUGGAAAUCCUCGAGCCAAAGCUACUCCAGUAUCAACAUCAGUGAGCUUGGAGAUCAACAAUUUUUCCCCGAAACAUCCGACGUCGGUCUGCCCGAGAGCACCUCUGCGUACGAAGGCAUAUACAAGUUCCUGGCUGAGUGUGAUAAUGCUAAGCGUUCUUAA